UCCCAACACAUUUACACAGUGGACAUGUCGGAUUAGUGUCUGUUGCUUCCGGCAUCAGGGACAUAGAUUGAAACUGAACCGCCACAGGACCAGAAGAAGGCCUACGAGUGUCCUCCCAAAUCCAAUCACAAGAACCAGAGGUUUGAAUGAUGAAGUCUUUGCCAGCAUCCCUUGGAGGAGGAACUAGGAAGCGGAAUGAUGAAGUCUUUGCCAGCAUCCCUUGGAGGAGGAACUAGGAAGCGACCAGUCCCUUGCAAAGAAGAGAAGCGCUGAGGAUCACCCUUGAGCAACCGAAAACUUUCCAUAUCUCAAAGGAGCAACACAAAAAAAGUCUUCUAAGGACAUGCGUUCCCAAUGUUUUUCUAUGAUUCCACAUAGGAAAUAGAACUGAGGUAUGAGUUAAAAUUUAAUCAGUGCCAUAAAAUUACCUUUCGUGAGGUGGCAAAUCGAGAUUUCAUGAGGAAGGGAAGUCGAUGCGUCAAGGAUUGACUGAGCUUUGACAUACAAACCACCGAUGACGUCAGACCGAUUCUAGGUGUGAGGACUUCUCUUGCUAAGAGUUGAACCUAGUCAACGCAAGCUUCUUGGUAAAGCACUCAUAGGGGAUGCCCUAAAUUUGCAAACUCACCGAAACCCAGAGAAGAGCAGCCGCCAAGUCGUAAAAAGGCGAUGCCCAUGACGCCAUGGAAAUCAUAAACUUCUAUAAGAUCCAAGGAGCAUCAUCCACAAUCUUCUGCAUAUGUUCCUGUAGAGUGAAGACAAAUUGAGUGAAUCCAAGGAGUAUCAUCGAAAUCUAGUCUGGAGAUCGUGAAAUCCCCUUUGCAUCGUCAAACUCGAACUGACAUCAUCUUCAGUGUAUGAAGCAUCGGAGUCACUCCACUUAGUCGUCCAACAAGCAAAUACUCACCACUCGAACACCGACAACCACGUUUCAUCCGUGAACUAUACAAAAACCACCAUAUCGAUGCACAAGUGAGAGCAAGCUGAGGAGUUUUUUUUCUUUUUCUUUUUCUUUUUCUUUCAAGGUCACAUCAGUAUUUAUGGUUGUGUUAGUUUAAUAAUUUAGGAAGUUCAUUUGAUCAAAACACAAGUGGGACACUUUCUUCCAAGCGAUUAUAUAAGCUGGAGGAGGGCGCAAAAGAUGAGUUCAACAUUAGGAUAAGAGAAGAGAAUGAUGGCGAUUCAACUGAACCGCACAUACACAACGAAUCACCACUACCACUACCAGCAAUCCAAGCCUAAUAGCCUCUUCUCCACAACAAAACGACAAACCCCCAACCUCCAAGUGAGAGCAGCCUCCGAAGCCACCAACGGGCGGCAGCUAAUACUUUCCGGCGCUAUCAAGCCGAUUCCGCCCAAGGACGCUGCCAUUGCUAUCACCUCCGAAGGGUUCACGCUCCUGGACGUAAGGCCAGAAUGGGAGAGAGAAAAGGCCCGAGUUCCCGGGUCGGUUCACGCACCGCUCUUUGUCAAAGACCAGGACACCAGCCCUGUAACUCUGCUCAAGAAAUGGGUUCAUUUUGGGUACAUCGGUCUGUGGACGGGCCAGAACUUCACGACCCUGAACCCGGAUUUCCUCCUGCAAGUCGAGGCUUUAGUUCCGGAUAAGAACUCCAAGCUGCUUGUAGCUUGCGGCGAAGGGCUAAGGUCAGUCAUGGCAGCAUCGAAGCUUCACCAAGCAGGGUACAGGAACCUGGGAUGGCUGGCCGGAGGGUUCAACAGAUCUGUUGAUGGGGACUUUCCUGCCAUUGAAGGGACUGAAAAGCUAGAGUAUGCCACAAUUGGUGGUGUUUCAUAUUACUUCCUUCAGUUGCUCAUACUCUUGCAAGCUGUAGGAAAGAGCAAUAAUUCCCUGUAAAAUCAGGAUUUCUUGUAUUUGAUUCAACUUUGUACUCAUCAGUUCCAAGUGAAAAUGAAAAACCAAUGAUGUGGAAGGCACAUUCCCUUCAAUGAAAUUGCAAGAAAAGAAGCAAGGCAGUGUAUGGACACACCUAGAGUAACAAUGGAGGAUGAAUCCCAACUGAUUUUAUAUCACAUUUCAUUCGGUUUCUGCAAGAACAGACAGCAACAGUAAUCUAGAAAGACAACAGUCACCGAAUUUCAGAUAAACCCACAAGUUUUUCCCCUACAAAUGAAGUUGAGAGAAACGACUAUAGAGGCGACUAACAAAUUUUCCAUGUAAAC